UGUAAGAAAUAAAAACGUCUCAAGUUUCAUCCCAGUGACAACCAGCGUGAAUCUGGAUUUACUCUAUGGUCCUGAAAAGGUUACCAUCAGUGGAAGUCAGCCCCAUUUUAUUGCUGAUGGUGUCAACACCCUGACGUUGAUCUGCAAAACCAGUAUAACAAAAGGCCUGGUGGCCUUCGAGUGGAUCAAUGCUACAAGUACAGAACAGAUAAUUACUAAUGUUGGGAGUAUCGAGACUCAGAAUGUUGGUCGAGGAUUUACAUUCUCCCAGAGUAUGCAGAUUACACCUGCGUGGUACAUGGAUGAAGAUGUGAUCAAAUGUGAAGUUACAAACACAAAUAUAUCUGGUUCAAAUCCUGUGACAAACAGCGUCACAUUGGAUUUAAUUUAUGGCCCCGAUUUUAUUCAAAUUGCUGGAAAUAUGAUGAACUUCAUUGCUGAUGGUUUCAACACCCUGACGUUGAUCUGCAAAACCAGUAUUACAAAAGGUCAGUUGGCCUUCAAGUGGAUAAAUGCUACCAGUACAGAACAGAUAACUACUAAUGUUGGGAGUAUCGAGACUCAGAAUGUUGGUCGAGGAUCUACGUUCUCCCAGAGUCUGCAGAUAACACCUAUGUGGUUUCAGGAUGGAGAUGUGAUCAAAUGUGAAACAACAAACACAGAAUACCUAAUUCAAAUCCAGUCAUAACCAGCACUAACCUGGACUUGAUAUAUGGUCCCGAAGAGGUUACCAUCAGUGGAAGUCAGCCCCGUUUUAUUGCUGAUGGUGUCAACACCCUGACGUUGAUCUGCAAAACCAGUAUUACAAAAGGUCAGGUGGCCUUCAAGUGGAUCAAUGCUACAAGUACAGAACAGAUGACUACUAAUGUUGGCAGUAUCGAGACUGUGGAUGUUGAUCAAGGAUUUGCGUUCUCUCAGAGUCUGCAGAUUACUCCUGCGUGGUAUCAGGAUGGAGAUGUGAUCAAAUGUGAAGUAACAAACACAGAGAUACCUAAUUCAAAUCCAGUCAUAACCAGCAUUAACCUGGAUCUAUUGUUUGCACCAAUUUCGGUUCCAGAGAUAAAUGGCUACACGUCAGGAACUCCAGUUCGAGAGGGAGACUUUCUAAACAUAUCAUGCCAGGUGACAGGAGGAAAACCAUUGGUAUCGAACAUCAAACUCGUGUGUGACGGAGCAGACUCUACAAGCAUUCAGAUAAAAGAACAGGACACAGUCAUCAGCUACACGUGGUUCAGAGUUCUCAGAAUUCUUCACGAUAAAGUAUGCGGGUGUUCGGCUGUCCACGUCACGAACAAGUACAAACUGGCGUCCGUGGUGACUCUCUUUGUCAACUAUGCUCCCAGUGUGACUCUCCGCACGGAAUUCAGACGUCAGACCAGAUCUGUUCGGCUGAUAUGCGAGGCAAGAGGUCGUCCUGCAGUGUUCCACUUCUCGAGAUUCACUCACAGCUGGAGAGGACGGAGAAUCAGAGAGUUGACAGGGGAGCUGGAACCACCUCACAAGUACGUCCUGACCAUCCAACCGUACCGCUACAGCGAUUCAGGAAGUUACCAGUGCGCAGUGUCAAAUGACAUCAUAGGCCUUAACACGGUCACACAGCAGUUAGGAAGUAUAUCGGUUAACAUGGAAGUGCAACCAGCACUAGUGGAUGCAACAAAACAAAACGAAAUGAUACAAGCUAAUAUUGGCGACAGAGUUAUUUUAAAUAAGACGAUAUUCUCCUGGGCUGACAUUACUUAUUACCGGUGGAUAAACCAAGGUCGAAAGAUUAUGAAAAGUCGCAUCAGCACAACAGACGUCAUAUUAAACAUUUACACAACCAAGGUCAUGGACGUUGCCUACAUAGUUUCACUGGUGAUUGAACGGAUUGGAGAGAUUCACACUGGACUGUAUGUCCUUAGAGUGUGUAACAAAUUUGGAUGUGCUCAGUUUUACACCCACUUAGAGGCUGCAGGCGAUCUCCUGCCAGCUGUUAAUGAACAUCUAAUUCCAAUCGUAGCUGGUGUGGCUGGUGCACUAAUUUUAUUGAUGGUGGUCGUCGUUGCUUUCGUCGUAUACAAUUUGAGAAAGACAAGAAUCGCCAAGGAAGAAGAUACUUAUAUGCAUCUUAACAAUACCGAGAGACCAGCAAAUUCAGAUGGCGGUGAAUGCGAACACAGUUAUGAGACGAUUAACAACAUAACGGUACAAGAAAACAGAGGUGAAGGUGAUGGUCAAGCUGUGGAAGAUAUGAACUCACAUAAUCAGUCUCCAAAUCCUUAUCAAAAUAUUCAAAUUCCCGUCAGUGUUUUACAGAUUAGGAUAAUGACGGCAAAUUUAGCAACAUUUAUCAACCGAUGUAGGCAACAUGUAAAAUAUAUUCAUUAAUUGUUUGUGAAUAUACAAGAAAGUGCAUCUAAAGACAUGGACACAGCUAAUAUAUAUUGAUACUACGUCAUUGUUAAAGACCCAGACGUCAAAAUGCACCUUAUAUUGAUGUAUUUGCCACUAUGGCCAGAUCCAGACUCCGCUUCUGAGUGAUAUGUCGCUUCAGUAGCGAACUGGUGGAAGAUGUCCUCCGAGAAAACAUAUUUUCGCUUAUAUCCUUUAUAUGGCAUCAUCUAAAAUUUCUGCUAUUAAAAGAAGUACAAUGUAACAAACAGUAAACAAAACACGUUGAACUCGUGCAGAUAAAACAACA